GUGUUUCUUGCUAUUCCCCCUGCACCCUACGGAUGCAGGUUUAUUUGUGCAUUCUUGUGUCUGUAUUUUUGCGGUUUAUUCAGCAGGUUGAAUUAGGGACGUUAGUGGUGAAUUGCGGGCAAACCCCUUUCUCCAUCGCGCCUGCCUCAACUCACGCAAAGUGUUCUAGUGGUUGACUUCCACGCUAGACUCAUGCAUCUAUCAUAACGCGGGCUCAUAGCCAUCCACCUUUAUCACCUUUACAUACACAUCCCUGCAUUUAUCAUGGCAGAACAGCACAUCAAUCUCGUCGACCACGCUGACAACGAGCUCGAACCCGAAGCGCCCUCCGAACAAUCUCCGCGAACACCAGACUCUCAUAUUGACAUCCUAUAUGAGAACCAGCGGGGAUGGUUUGUGUUUGGCAUCCCACUCUUCUCCUCCAAAGCCCUCUGGAAUCUCAAAAUCGACCACUCGCCAUGGGUGGACGCAAGCCUCAAACCCUCGGCCGUCAAUAUCACCAACGCACAAGUUCCCGACCCAAGCUGGGUGUGGGAGUGGAAGAGCUGGUAUGUGGAUAUGAGCCACGAUGUCGAUGAGGAAGGAUGGCAGUACAGCUUGUGGUUUAGAGGAGCAGCGUGGCAUGGCAAUCACCCUUGGUUUCAUAGCUUUGUGCGUAGGAGACGGUGGUUGAGGAGGCGGGUGAAACAGAAGCUCCCGAAGAAGACCAAGAAGAAUAGAGAGAGAUUGUUCGGGGAGACAUUCAGCAUUGGGACGACGCUGGCACGGACGAGCACCCUUGGACCGGCCAGUUUGGAGGGCAGUUACACCGAGGACUCGGUGGAUGAGGAGAUCAGGGAUAUUCCGACCCUGAUGCAUAGGCUGAAGAAGGCGGCUAUUGAUCGCGAGAAGAUUGUGGCAAUCAAUAGGUUCAUCGACGAGGCAGGCGAGGAGUUGCAUUAUUUGGCGGAGCAGAUACCGGCCAUCAUGUCAAUGCUCAUCUUCCAAAACUCCCGUCGCCAACUCCUUGCUACCCUCAUGCGAACAUUCGACGUCGCGAAGGACCAUCGAGAAGAACACAGGGAAAGGGGCGAACCUGAAGACGAGGUAGAGGAACGACGAAUAAACAACCUGCUAAAAGCUGUGGAGGCAGCAGAGGCCGAGUGCAAGAAGUUAGAGUACUGGAGCGACAUUCGCAAGCUAGCCGAGAAUGGAAGCGAUGGCGCUGCAGACCCCGCGGGCGAGUGGGAUCAUCAAUGGGAGGGUCUCGGUGGAAGUGGAGCUGUGCAUCCUUGAAGCUUUCCACCCCAUUUUUGGAGCAUUUCACAGCUCAGUGAGAAGUUUUGGAUAUCAGCGGCAUAAAUGAAAUACCGAGUCAACAAGACCACGCAGCGGUGCAUAAGCGCUUUACCGCUACAGAGACUGUCACCCCCACGUUUCAAGUACAUACCUAUCACUAGGUAGAAAAACAUACCAUCACCAAGUCAGCAUGCCAGCGUUCCGUCCACAUCUUCACUUCUCUGCUUGCCUGGCUCUGACCCGG